AUGAGGAAGGGAGCUUCUUUUCCAAGAAAUUGGUAUGUCACACCUCCAAAAGAUAGGCCCUAUUUCGAUUUCACAUAUCAUAUGCAGUGCAGCUUUGUUUUAUAUAGAUUGUUUAGACAAAUCAAAGAAAAUAUUGUUAAAAUUAAUGCUGCACAAUCAUCUACGAAUUACGCUGCACAAACUAACACGAAAACUCUAAACAAUGCUUGGUUUGGCGGGAAACUUUUAGAUUUCAACAAAACUCCUUGUUCUACAAAUAUACAAACUGACGAAAGUGAUAAUGAAAAUAAACCGCUUCAAUUUAAAAUUUCACGUCGCAAAUUGAUUAAUCUUAACACCGCUUCAACACCUAAAAGAGAAUUAAUCAGGAAAAAUACAGGAAAAUCAAAAGCUGAACUUGGCUUCAAAGCUGUUGCACCACCAGUUAAAAAAUCUUUCAUACACUUGGGAAACCUCAACAUCAUCAAAACAGACACUAUAACAGAACACUUAAACAAAGCUGGAAUAAAAUGUAUAUCCAUCUUUCCAAUAGCAAAACGAAGUUCAAAUGUUGAAGGCGAUGAUAACAAAUCUAGUACAGCAUUUCGCAUCUGCGUAGCAAACAAUGAAGUUUCUAAAAUGUUCGAAGAAGACUUAUGGCCCGAACAUACGAUUAUACGCGACUGGAUAUUCAAUGUCAAACCAAGUAACACUAUCGAAAACAACAACAACAACAAACAUGGCUAA